GAGUCGUAGACGACAUUAUAAUCCUUGUUGCAACGAUGCUUACCUACAAUUCUGGUCGCCUAAUAAUAUGGUAUUUUCCUCCAACGUUUGCGCAACUUGCUUGUGGCCAUGGACAUUUCCAUGGUGGAACAGCCAAAUGGAUCAGGGAUAAAUACAUGGCCAACAUAGAUGAGGUGUUGAAGAUACAUGUGCCUAUUUGGCAUGACGACCAUUGGUUUUUACUGGUCAUUGACAUGUUGGCAAAGCAGCUCCUGUACUUGGACUCCGCACGUUCGGCUAAGCAAAGAGAUUCACAUGUCCUGCAGAUUAAGAAAGUGGCCUUGUUCUUGGAAGAGAUAGUCUUAGAUGAGUCCUGGUAUGCUUGUAAAAGGCAUGAAAGGCCAACUAUCUCUGAAUUUAAGCUAGUGGAACCUGAGGUCAAUCAGCAAGAAGUUGGAACCUAAGCUUUUUUUUAUCUUCCUAGUACAAAAUAACAAUCUUGUAUAAUACUAGAUAGUGUUUGUCUUACUCUUACGUGUUGGAAUUACUAUUUACAUUGACUAAACAGAAAUGAUUGUGGAGUGUGGGUCUGUCAAUGGAUGAUUUUAUCUCGAUUGUGGGGAUCUCACAAUGUUGAGAAGGUUACUGAGUACACUAGAAUGAAGUUGGCGAUUGACUUGGUGCUAAAACCGCAUAAUGAAAUCCGUCAAGACAUUAUCAAUAAGGCAAUGAAAAAUUGGAGGAGAUUCUCCCAAGUUUAGGAGCCUUUGCUGUCGGAAGAACUUCUACCUUAGAGCCUUUAAAUUUUGCACAGAUCUAUUAAAUUUUGCACAGAUCCAUGUUGAAAUGAUGAUUGCAACACAUAUUUUGUUGGGUAUUUUUGUUACGCAUAACUAAAACCUCGACUAAUAUAAUUAGAACUCAAAAUUCAUUAUAUUUCGAAGAAGGUGAAAUACAAUCAGAACUUGAAAUUGACAGUUCA